AUGGAGCAGGAGCAACGGGAGGCCGAGGUCGUCCUUUUGGAUUUACGCCGCCGCGUGCGGAAUAAGGCGCUCGAGGAUGAACGCCUCGAGGCGAGCCUCCGCGCCUUCGACGACGCCCUCGACCUCCAAUCCCACGAGCUCGCCUUGGCGUACCAAAAAGACCAGGACACGAUUCGCCGGCGGUUCGCCGAGCUUCGCGAGAAGGUUCGUCACCUCCUCCAUCGCUCCCAUCGUUCACCUGCCUCUAGACAUACCCAUACGCCGCGAUCGAAAAUUCUGCAUUGA